AUGGCACCUCUCGAUCUUGAAUCCCAAUCCCAGCCGAUUGAACAGGCCAAGGCUGAGAAUCUUGAGAACUUUAAGGUCAAUUUUCAGCCCGACGAUCCCAAAAAUCCUAAAAAUUUCAGCACUCCCUACAAGAUAUGGCUCGUCUUUCAAAUGAGCUUGCUUGCGAUGACGGGUGCUCUCGGGUCAUCUAUCAUCUCUCCUGGCUCAACAGAGAUUGCAGAAUAUACCAAAGUUAGCACUGAAGUCACAUCCCUGACUGUAGCCCUCUUUGUCUUGGGUUGGGCCUUCGGCCCUAUGAUCUGGGCCCCCAUCAGUGAAAUUUACGGUCGCCGGUUGGGCAUGUUACCCGCCGUCUUUAUUCUGGGCCUCUUCAGCAUUGGUACAGCAACAAGCAAAAAUGCUGCUGCCAUUUUUCUUACACGGUUCUUUGGUGGAAUUUUUGCGUCGGCGCCAAUCAGUAAUGUACCUGCAGCCCUAGGAGACAUCUUCCCACCCGCAACACGUGGAAAUGCGAUGACAUUUGUGGCGCUAUGCAUCACAGGAGGUCCUACAAUUGGGCCUAUCGUUGGUUCUGCCUUGACUGUCAACCAUAGUCUAGGGUGGCGUUGGACGCAGUACGUCGAAGCCAUCAUCGCUUUCUUCUUAUUCGCCCUCUGUGCGCUAUGCCUCCCGGAGACAUACGCUCCAGUUCUCCUGAAGCGAAAGGCCUGGAGGCUACGCAAGAGUACAGGGGAUGAACGAUACUGGCAUCCUCAUGACAAGAAGUUCGAUGUGCAUAAUGUUGCUACCAAGCAUCUUGUUCGGCCACUUGUGAUGUUGUUUACCGAGCCGAUGGUCACCCUACUCGCCCUCUACGCCUCCUUCACCUACAGCCUCAUUUAUUUGACUCUCGAAGUCUUUCCAAUUGUCUUCAAUGAAGACCGACGCUGGAGUCUAGUCAUAUCAACCCUCCCUUUCCUAUCUAUCCUAGUCGGAGUGAUCUGUGCGGUCCUCAUCAACUUUGCAAACCAGCCACGUUAUAGGCGGGCCCUGAAAGAAAAUGGCGGGAAAGCAGUACCCGAAGCUCGUUUACCUCCCAUCAUUGUUGGGGGCGUUCUGCUAACCGGGGGCCUAUUUUGGUUUGGAUGGACUGCGGCUCCAAAGCACCCCUGGCCAUCACCAGUGGUGGCAGGAGGUAAGAUACGUUUUACCAUGAUCGAUUUCUUAGCUGAUGCACAAUCACCAGGUUUCAUCGCUGCAGGGUUCAAUAUUGUCUUUCAGCAAUGUUUAAAUUUCCUGGUCGAUACUUAUGGGCCAUUUGCUGCCAGUGCCGUAUCUGCAAACACUAUUUUGCGGUCGAUUCUUGCCUGCGCGAUGCCCAUUGCUGCACGGCCUAUGUUUGAGAAUUUGGGUCUCGGGCCGUCAGCCAGUCUGCUGGGUGGGAUCUCUUGUUUAGCAUUACCGGUUCCUUUGCUGUUCAUGAAGUUUAGCGCGGCAUUACGAGGCAAAUCUCGAUUUACCACAGGCCCGGAUGCGUAA